GAGGGAGGGAGGGUGGUGGUGUGUGCGCUGUGGUGCGGUCUGGUUGCUAUGGUGACGGCGGAGGCUGGAGAGGCGCCGGAGUGAGUGAGUGAGUGAGAGAGAGAGGAGAGAGAGAGAGAGCGGCCCCGAAGAAUGGAGGCGGCGAGCGAUCCCAUGAAGACCAUCUACAGCAACGACGAGGACCUGCUCGAGCUCCUCGCCUACUCGUUCGGGGAGGGCUGUUUUCCCGUUUCUGGUCUCUCAAAUGACCUGAAAAUAGGUUUCUUUAAAACCGAUCAUGCAACUCAAACAGAUGAAAGUGAAAUAUUGGCUCUGAAAGAACUGAGUGAUAGCCUGGCAUCUGUAUUUAAGGAAAUUCAUGUGGUUAAGAGAGACUUGGAAUGCAGCAAGAUGUCUCUGGAAGCAGGCUAUGAUUUGAAAAUGCAGGAGCAAUCCUUAGUCUUAUACAAAAGGAUGAAUGAUCAGAUUACUGUUCUUGAGACAUUGCACAGACAGAAGAUUCAAACCUUAUGCUCAAGUUUUAAGCAGCAGCUUUCAGAUGCAUUAACAAAGAUGAAGGCUGAAUACAAGAAAUAUUAUGCAAAAUUGGCAGAAGAAAAGAGAAUGAAGGUUCCUGGACCUUUGGGAAUGGCUUCUGUGAAACUUAAGGAAAAAGAUUUUAUUAUUGCAUCUUUGAAAGCCAAGGUAGCAGAUUUUGAAGAUCUGGAAGAGAAUAGACUGUUUAAUUUUGAAAUGGAUGAAGACGCCGAGAAAGAACUAAUUCUGAUACAAAAUGAAGAGUUGAAGAAUGAAUUAAACUAUCUACUGCGCAAGAACGAACAACUUACAGACAUUCUCGAUAUGAGAGAUGAGCAAAUACAAGACUUAGACACUAAUUUUAAAAAGCUAAAAAUUCAAAAUGAAACUGUUGAGACUGCAGUACAAAAGUUCAUGAAUGCUGAAGAGAAGUUGAAAAAAGAAUUGGAAUCAGAGAAAAUAAGAGCAAAACAAUUGUUGGAAGAGCAGAAAUCACGAAUGGACGGCAAGUUAUUUGCCACAAUGAUGAAGAUGGAAGCACGGGAUAAAGCUGCUAAAGAUAUAGAACUGACUUUGAAGGCAAAGGAAGCACUGAUAGCUAAACAAAAAUCAUACAUAAUUGAAACUAAGGAAUCUAAGGAUACUAAGGAAACUAAGGAAGUUAAGAAGGAAACCCACCUUGAUACAAGCCAAGCUCUUCUUGAAUUAAAGUUGUUGAAGAAGUUAGACAAACAACAAAAAGAACUUAUACUGGGACUUAAUAAAGAGCUUCAGCGAACAAAUCAAGCGUGGGAAAAAAAGUUUAAUAUACUAAGGAGAAGCCUCUUUGCUGUAAAGGAUGAGAUGUUCAUGAGAUGUUCUAUGCAGCGCCAAACGGCAUCUAUCCGCAAUUCCAACAUGAAUUAUGCACCCGAAGAUCCUGUAGGAAUUGUUUCUCAAGCAAACCAAUCACUGGUUGGUUCUCCCUAUAUGCCACUGCCUCAAAUAGGGUCCAGUCCUUCACAGCUUGCAUUGCGAACAAAUGUAGAUAAAACGUCAUCAGGAAGUGCUUUGGGGAUCUUUAAUUUGACUGCAGAAGGGCAAAAGCUGCACCUUGAAGGGAAAUUCCAGGUCUCAGGUGACCAGGAGGAAGCACUUGUUAGUGAAAUCGCCCCUUUUCCCUCCCCUCCACAACGCCAAGAGGAGGAAUAACAUUUCAGCAGUCGUUACAGUUAAUCCCAUUUUACUCAUUUGGUUGGCUGAUGCUCUUA